AUGUUUGAAGGUUAUCGAUUCAAGUUACUUAAUCCUACUACUAAACUAACGUUAUCCAUUGAAAACCACAACGGGAAGGUGGUGGAUGAGGAUUAUAAUCAUGUAAUAGCUGAGGAUAUUGAUUUUGAUGAGUAUAAUGAUGUUAUCAACAAGAUGAUUCCUAUUACUUCCAGUGAUUGGAUCUAUGAUAGCUUAAGUAGCCAGAAACUUAUGAAUACUAAGAAAUAUCACCCCGAUGUUAGACAUUUCAUGAAAGGCGUUUACAUCUGUGUAGGUGAUGAUAUCUCCAAUAACGAUAAGGAGAUCAUUUAUGGAGGUGUUAAGGCUUUUGGAGGAAUGUAUUUUGACGAAUUAACGAGAUUAACCACCCAUUUGGUCACUUUAGCCAUGGAUAACGACAAAGCCAUUGUAGCAAGUUCCAGUGACAUUGAUAUUAAGGUUGUCAGACCAGAAUGGAUUCACGAUUGUUUCAGAUUGGGUAAACGAUUGAAUGAGAGUAAUUAUCUUAUUGAAGACAGUAAUGAGAAUUCCAUUGUAUCUGAUGAUUAUGACAAAUUACCUUCUAUUUAUGAUUCAGAGGUUCUUAAAGGUAAGAAGAUCCAUAUUUCUACUGAUUACCAGUUAUCGAGGACAUUCAAAGACAGUAUUACAGCAUUAGUCACUGCUAACGGUGGUGAAUUGUCUAAACUCAAUCAAGCUAAUGUUUAUAUAGGUAAAUUCAGACUGGGUGACUUUUUCCAAGCUUUAGAGUCAGGAAUCACUAUAGGGAAUUUACCGUGGCUUUACUCAGUGAUCACUCAUGGUUGGUCAUUGCCUGUAAAUUUACUUCACUUCCCUAUCCCUCCAUCACCAUUAUCUUCAUUCAGGGAUUUGAAAAUCUGUGUUUCGGGAUACGAAGGUGAUGCCAGAUAUUACAUUUCACGCUUGAUUGUAUUACUUGGUGCAACUUAUACAAAGACAUUAAGUAAGGAUAAUCAUAUACUUAUUUGUCUGAAACCUCUCGGAAAGAAAUAUGAAGCUGCCAAAACCUGGAAGAAAGACGAUGUUCCCAUUAUUAAGGUUGUGAAUCAUUUAUGGUUGGAGGAAAGUUAUAGUAAUUGGGAAAAGAUGGGAUUCGAAAAGAAGUUUGAAGAUUUAUCAGGUAUGGAGAGAUUAAUUGGGGCAACAAAAUUGAAUUUGGAUAUCUUAAGAUCAAUAGUUGAUGAUAGUGUGGAUGAUGAGUUGUUAUAUGAGGGAGCUGAGCCAGAAGAGAUGGAAGAAUCAGAGACACAGGAUGUUGAGGUUCAGAAAGAGGGAUCUGAAGAAGUUGAAGAAGGUGAAGAAGUUGAAGUUGAAGAAGGUGAAGGAGGAGGUAAAGAAGUUGAAGGUGAAGAAGUUGAAGAGGCUGACGGAGUGGAAGAACCUAAAGUGGAACAGAUGUCAGAACAAAAACAAACCAAACCACAAACUCAAGAAUCAGUUGCAACUGAAUCACAGUCGAUACAACCAUCUACUCCAACGCCCCAACAACUGCCACAACUGUCUCAACCUUCUCAGUCAAGAAGUAAAAGAAAGGCAGCCAGUAAAGCUGCCCUCAAAUUACAUGACAAUAUGGAAGACCUUAAUAAUUAUCAGCAAAUGAGUAAAUCCAAUAGAAAAAUGAAAGAUUACAUGGAAACUUUAGAUAAAGAGAAUGUCCACAAACGAGCUAAAACUGCUUCGCCCAAAAACUCACCACCGAAUUCCCAAGAAACUCAUCAAAAUACCCCACUGAAGGCCUCCGUUAAAAGUCAAGAGGAUAAGAUAAUAGCCAUCAUCACAGGUUGGGAUGAACUCACCAAAGAGAUCACGAACAAGCUCAAAGGUCAAGGGAUUGUCAUAACGAACGAUUACCGUAAGGUAAACACAUUGAUAGCUCCCAAGAUUCUUCGUACGGAGAAAUUUUUAGUAAGUCUAAGUCAUGUCAAGAGAAUCUUACAUCCAUUAUUCCUUCUUGAUAGAUCUAAGGGUCUCAUAAAACCACCUCAAGAAUACUCGUUAGAGAAAAUUAUUGGAGAAGACACUAUCAGUAAGGAGUUGGGAUUAACAGGGAAUAUAGUCAGCGAGAUAUUAAGGAAACAAGCUCCCAUUUUCAAGAGCUACAGAUUGAACUUAUCCAGUAAUUUGAAUGGGGGAUUUGAUGUAUUGAGUAAGAUCUUAAGAAGUCAUGGUAUAAGUGGAGAGAACUUGAAAGAGGUAAACUUCAAAACCAAAGUUGAUUCAUUCUUAGCCAAAGAUGAAACAAUCGUAGUAGUGAACCCUAAAAAAGAUAGCAAAUUAAUCAAGAAUGCCAAGGAUUGCGUUGUAAUAGACUGGGAUUGGUGUGUCAAAUCAAUCUUUUCUAUGGAAGUUCAACCAUUCGAAGGAUUUAUAGUCACUUCCCCCUAA